CAGGUUGUUUAGGGAAGGGAGGCCUGCCUCCUUUGGUUGCUAUGGGCGUCCUCCUAACGCAUCCGAGGCAGGGAAGGGUAAAAUCUCCUAAAAGCGAAAAAUACAGAAUAAUGUGAAAGAGACAAGAGAGAGAAUGCCAGGGGACACAUUAAUUAAAACAUGAGCCGAUUAAAGCUGAUAAAUUGUUUUAAUCCAGCGGUUUGGAGCAUCUUUCCUGCCCUGACUCCCGGUUAGCCGCCCAGCUAGCACUGUCCCCCGGCCUGGAGCGGUGAGUGCAGGACACAUUUUCAGAUUCUGAUAACCGGCUGACCUCAACACCUAAGUUACCCAAUGCCAGUCCCACUCUGACAUGAGGAGCAGCCAUUCUGAAGCCGAGAGGCGCCAUGGCUGCUAAGGUGAAGUGGGUGACCGACAUAGAGAAGUCUGUACUCCUUAACAACUUUGAAAAAAGAGGAUGGAUACAAGUGACGGACAGCGAGGACUGGAAUUUUUACUGGAUGAGUAUCCAGACCAUUCGGAAUGUAUUCAGUGUGGAUACAGGCUACCGCUUGUCUGAUGAUCAGAUGGUUAACCACUUCCCAAACCACUAUGAGCUGACGAGGAAGGAUCUGAUGAUCAAGAACAUCAAACGCUACAGGAAGGAGCUGGAGAAGGAGAGCAGUCCUCUGGCAGAGAAAGAUGAAAAUGGAAAAUACAUUUACCUGGACUUUGUGCCUGUGACGUUCAUGCUGCCAGCAGACUACAACCUGUUUGUUGAAGAAUUUCGCAAGAGUCCAUCCAGCACAUGGAUCAUGAAGCCAUGUGGCAAGGCUCAGGGCAAAGGCAUCUUCCUUAUUAAUAAACUCUCCCAGAUCAAGAAAUGGUCCAGAGACAGCCGCACUUCCACAUUUGUGGCAGCUAACAGUGGGAAGGAAGCAUAUGUGAUCUCACUGUAUAUUGAUAAUCCGUUGCUGAUUGGCGGAAAGAAGUUUGAUUUGCGCCUGUAUGUUCUAGUUACAACCUACCGGCCUCUUAAAUGUUACAUGUAUAAACUUGGAUUUUGCAGAUUUUGCACAGUUAAAUACACUCCCAGCACCAGUGAACUGGACAACAUGUUUGUGCAUCUUACAAAUGUUGCAAUCCAGAAACAUGGGGAUGAUUAUAAUCAUGUGCAUGGUGGGAAAUGGACAGUCAGUAAUCUGCGUCUGUAUCUGGAGAGCACCAGAGGAAAGGAGGUCACAAACCUUCUCUUUGACCAAAUCCAUUGGAUUGUGGUGCAGUCGCUUAAAGCUGUGGCUAUAUGGGCAUUCCCAAGGCCUCCCCUGAGAUUAAACUUCAUGAUCAAUAUACAUAUUACUUACAGUCCUGUAAUGAACAACGACAAACACUGCUUCGAGUGCUAUGGCUACGAUAUCAUCAUUGAUGACAAGCUGAAGCCGUGGCUUAUUGAAGUGAAUGCCUCUCCUUCGCUCACCUCCAGCACUGCGAAUGACCGCAUCCUGAAGUACAACCUGAUUAAUGAUACUCUCAACAUUGUUGCUCCCAAUGGUGAGAUCCCAGACUGCCGAUGGAACCGGAGCCCGCCCAAAGAAGCUCUGGGGAACUAUCAAGUCCUUUAUGAUGAGGAACAAGCCUUGAGUGAGAAUGCUGACCUCCGGAGCCGCUCAGGACAGGCCCUGGGGUCCAAGAGCACAAGGUCAAGCAGCGUACGCCCUGUCCCGGCAACCUGGAAGUGAGGUCUUGAUGCAAGGCCUUUAGAACACCUUUAAAGCCUGUUCUUUCUUAUGGUGCAAAAAUGGAUUGUGGGAUCAUGGGCACAUGCUGGCUUUGACUGAUUGUCGAAAUGUUCCUGAAUGUCCUUAAUUGUAGCGAGAAUUUACCUACGCACUUUUUGGCAUGACAUUUAUACCGUUUCAUCAAAAUUUGUUGAAAAAGGCAUGGAAAGAAGACUCUCCCUUUUUGCAUGACUUUUUCAUAGCAGCAAGUCUACUGCUCCAUUUUUGCAGAUGAAGAAAAUGGACAAAGAUAAUUAAGCAGAAAACAAGCCUUUUUUCUUUAUCCUUCCAAAUGUGUCGGAUUAAACUACUGUCAAAGGA